UAGCCCUCGAGGCACCAGAACUUGCUUCAGUGGCUGUUAAUCUAGAAACUGGUUUCAUGCCGACGAUCAUCACACGCGAGAGACUGUCGUAGAAUAGUGACGAGAUAGUGAUACGAGUGGCGUAUCGAGUCGAGAGAGGAUGAAGCUGUAGAAGACGCUGCGCAAUAUCGUGUUCCGUAUACUGUACACGAACGCCCUACGAGUCUCACAGAUUAUACAGUACAUGGCCUCACCUACCUUUACUCAAUACGAGGACAAACUCCCCAUGGCCAAGGACUCAAUAUAUUUAAUUAUUAUCCCCAGACCUCGGCUGAUCUUGUCACACGUGGAGGCAGUAGAGUCAACAGGGCCUUCACACUCAGCAGCAAGACCCCCGCCUUCAGAGAAAGUCUCGCUAGCUGGUGGGCUGACGGCAAUCCGUGGAUUCUUUUCUACCGUGAGACUUGCAGCCCGCAGCUGGUCAGUGCGAAUGUUAGCCAUGGAGCAUUCUUCUAUAGUGGACCUUUGAUUAGGUUGAUCAACUUAUUUCAAGUGGCGAACCGGAAGAGUGCGAAAAGAAAUUAAACAAAUUUUUGAGUGGCUUUGGGGGACACACACUUCAUCUGCCUGAAAAGAAAAAUCGAAGUGAUGAGCUUACCAUCAGGCCCAAAGCAAUGCAUUCGCUGGCCAAGACUGGUGAUGAUACCGGCCUUCCACGAGAAUGGCGACCUAGAGUACGCUCUUUCGGUGCCAGCUCUAUAGACGUAUUGUCCUGGCUGGAAGCCCAAAGAGAGAAAGGAUGGAACUCUGGACCUGCACCCCCACCAGCCGGACCUGGAGGAUGGAUCAGCGUCUAUGAUUACGUCCUAGACAAUGAGUCUAUCCAGGUUAGCUAGAACCAUUCGGACCAUCAGCUAACGCUUGGUAUGUAGCGUACAAUAUCCGGUACCAAAGACCAGACUUACUAGUCAUCAAUACUGCUACACGAUUGAGU